AGGUGCGGUCGUCACGGAGCCGCGGCAGCCGCACGGCGAAGGUGGCGAUUCCGAAAAUGGACAUGCUGCUGCAGUAUCAGACGCCCGGCUGUGGGGAGGCUAUCCCUACUAUGGCGGUGGCGGCGGCGGGUAUCCGCUCUACGGCGGAAAUGGAUACGACGGCAGCGUAGGCUACCCGUACUGGUUCGGUGGAAGGCGGGACGGAAGCGGAGCUCGGAGAGGGCGCGAAGGACGUGGUGGUAGUCGGGGUGGACGCCGAAGGGAAAGCGGUGGUCGGGGAGAUCGCCGAAGAGGAAGUGGGGGUCAGGGUGAUCGCCGAGAAGGACGCGGAGUUCAGAGAGAUAGCCGGGGAGGAAACGGGGGUCAGGGAGAUCGCCGCGGGGGAAACAGGGACCAGGGAGGUCGCCGCGGGGGAAGUGCCACCACUUCCAAGAAAGAUCGUCGGGAAGGAAGCGGGGUUCAGAGAGACAGCCGACCCUCUUCAAAAGGAGAGAAGGCUCCCGUCAGUCCGGGUCGUCGGUACUAUCCCCGCGCCCGACCUGGCGGGGGUCGCGACUCCGGCAGACGUGCUGGUGGAAGGAGACCAGAGCCAGACAGUGGAUCCAAGCGCCCUGGGCGGCGUGGAGGUGGGCGGCGUGGAGCGACAAGUCGGCCCCGAACGGAAGGCAGGGGUUCCAAUGGAGGAAGAGACAACAGGCGGUCAGGACGUAGAAGUGGUAGCCGAAAGGGAUCCGGCGGACGAGGAGGUGGACGGUUUCCGUCGUUGGGGCCUAGAUUUGGGGUUUUUCCCGUUGGGGGUAGUGGCGGCGGUCGGCGUUUCCCCUUCUUUGGGGUCGGGACUCGGCGUGGAACGUUUCCUUUCCUACGGGGUGGUGGCAGGCGAAGAGCGUGGAGAACCAAAGGUGGUGAACGACGACGAUGGUUUCCCUUUUAUGGGGUUGGGAAUAGAAGGCGAAGAGAAGGAAAUGGUGGCUCACGAUCUCCUUCGUUCGGCGGUGUUUUUCCGUUUUUGCGAAGCGGUGGGCGAAAUUUUCCCUCAUUUGACAGCAGAAAUAAGCGAAGAAUGUUUCCGUCGUUUGGCGGCGGUAAUCACGGACGGCGCCGGAGGAGAAAUCAGUUUCCCUUCUUCGGUAGUAGCGGUGGUGACCGAUACCCCUUCUUCAGAGAUAGAAACAAAGGCCGGCGAAGCAGUACUGAAGGUGGGUGGGUACCGUUUUUCGGAAAUGGCAACGGUGGCAGAAACCGAAAUCGCAGAAGGUUCUUUGCCGGAAACAGAGACAAUAACCGCGACCGAAGGGCAGAGGACAAGGGUGGGAAUCGAGCGAGUGAUGGUGACAAAGGCACACGCGACAGGAACAGAAACUCGGCCGGCAGAAACGAGUCGGGUACCAAGGAUACAGGAAGGCGGAAAGGUCGUCGCAAUCGCUUUGACUUUUCCUCCUUCGGCGGGGCUCCACGGGUCCCUUCUGUGACCGGUCAAAACGGCCCAGGUUCCUCAAGAGAGGGUGGAAGAUCUCCGGGCUUCGGUGUCUUCUUCCGGAAAGACAACUCUACAUUCGUGGGAUUCCGAGGAGAUCGGGCGAACGUCUGCGUAGAGCGGCGCAACUACACCCGCCCGGUAUUCACGGGCACCGCGGGUACCCGCGCGCGAGGCAGCGGCGCCAGCUGCACCGCCACCCGCGGCACUCAGCUGUGCGUGACCACGCGCGUGCAGGACGGCGCCAUGGUGGUGGAGGAGCGCAUCAGUCGCUGCUGCCCCGGCACGGCGCCUACCGACGAGGGCUGCCGUCGGGUACCGAUGAAGAAAGCAUCUCAGCAACUUAGGGAAUUGAAAUCAUUUGCAUUUCUUAGCUUGCUGAAGAGCGUGGGAAUGAGUAAUGUUUUAGACGAAAACGUCACUAUUUUUGUCCCUGCUGACGAAGCUUUGCACAACUUCCUCGAAGAAAACCACCUAUUCGAGCAGCCUGACAACCUGGCGCGACUUGUCAGAGGUCACGUGGUUGACGACAACCUCCCGCUGGCCCUGCUUACCUUACGGAGUCCAGUGCCCAGCCGCGUCGGGCCGCUGUGGGUGACCCGAGGUCACACCGGCCCGCUGGUCAACUGUGUGCCGCUGCUGAGCCGCGACCGGCCCACGCCCAGCGGCGGCCGCAUCCACACGGUGCGCGGAGUGCUGCGCGCUGCCAACCUGACGCUGCUGCAGCUCAUCCGACGCAGGCCGGAGCUCUCCACGCUGGCCGCACUAUUGGAUCAGACGGGUCUGAGCGCCGAGAUUGCGAACUGGACGGCGAUGACGGUGUUUGCUCCCACGAACGAGGCGUUCGGCCGCAUCAAGCUGCCCAAAAGCCUGCAGCAGACGAGAGAGAUCCUGCGCGUGCACGUGCUGAGCGGGCUGCAGUGCCGCGCCGGUCUGCCCGGGGCCGGGCUGAACGCGCGCCACGACGCCGUCUUCGUGUUCGGCCGGCGCGACGGCCGGCUGACGCUGGCGCCGCGCGCGCAGCGCUACGCCGCCGUCACCGUCGACGUCAGCGGCGGCGAGCUGGUGGCCCGCGACGGCGUGCUGCACGUGGUCGGACAGGUCAUCCUGCCGCCGUUCGCGCGUCCGACGCUAGACACGCUGCUCCGACUCGGGAGCUCGUCUCGUUUCGCCUCGCUGCUGGAGGCGACCGGUCUCGCUGACGAAGCCAACGGGCCCAAUGUGACGAUUCUGGUGCCGCCCGCGCGCCUCCUGCCCAAUCGCUCCUCCAUCGGGAAGGCGCCGGCCGCAUUGCGCUCCCUGCUGCGACGUCACCUGCUGCGCGGUGCUGCGCUGCUGGCGCCACCUGGCGGCGCGAGGCACGUCAGCACGCUAGGCGACGCCCGCCUGCUGGUGGUCGGCCGGCCGGGCGGGCGCCCGCCGCUGGUCCAGUGCCGCCCGCUGCUGGGCAGGCUCGAGCUGGGCAAGCCGACUGUCGCCGUUCUGGCCGUGGCGGACGUGCUGCCGCCGCCGGCCGGCGGCAUUGCGGGCCUGAUUGGUGCGCGGCCGGAUCUCUCCAACUUCGCGGCCGUGCUAGAGGCGUACCUUGGUGGCUGCGUUUCGAGACUAUUGGAUCAGACGGGUCUGAGCGCAGAGAUUGCGAACUGGACGGCGAUGACGGUGUUUGCUCCCACGAACGAGGCGUUCGGCCGCAUCAAGCUGCCCAAAAGCCUGCAGCGGACGAGAGAGAUCCUGCGCGUGCACGUGCUGAGCGGGCUGCAGUGCCGCGCCGGUCUGCCCGGGGCCGGGCUGAACGCGCGCCACGACGCCGUCUUCGUGUUCGGCCGGCGCGACGCGGGCGCCGUGUGGGCCUUUGACCUGGCGCGGCCUGGUAACACGGGCUGGGGGCUUGGCGAUCUGUUGAUGGUUAAAGCGCAUUAG